AAAACUCAAUGUCGUACCUAUCUGUGUGUAGUUGCUUUAAUGUUUAAAACACAUUGUGCUUUACACGUUGUUUUGCUAAAUAAAGCACGAUUCACGACAUCUGCCUCUACUUUCCAGCUUGCAUUUCCUAACGUUUGGUUGCUAGGUGUAUUAGCGUCCUAUCUGUGUACGGUUGCUAGCUAAUGGCUAGCUGGCUAAAAGCAGCGUAAACACACAUGCCGUGUCGAAAAUGGAUCAUAUAAGUUCCAGUUCCGGAUGAGCACGCUGAAACGAUAUAAACCUAUAUUUACCAAAUGCAUAUGUGAAACGUAGGUGUUUUGAAGUUUUGGGGCACUCACAUGAGUUCCAGGGAGGCAGCCAAGAUGGGGGACAUCUUGGCAACUGAAGCCGAUCUUCUUGGGAUGAUCAAGGAGUACCUUAAGUUUGAAGAAUUUGAAGAGACUGUUCACAGUUUGGAAAAGGACUGCAAAAGCAAAGGCAAGCUCGUCUCAAAGCCUCAAGGAAGUACUCUCAGAGACUCAAAGAUUCGUGUUAUCCAGAAAGACCUCCUUGGCUGUUUUGACGACGGAGACCACAAAGUGUUCUUUGAACUGUGGACUGAGAAUAUUCCCUCUGAGGUUAAAGACACGGACGCUGAGGCCCAGAGCCUGGAGUUCUACCUCUACAUCCACUUCACCAUCUUCCCACUGAGGAGGCACCCUGGUAGACAUGACCGGGCUGAUUUUGAGGAGAGGAUUUCCCACUUUAAGCAGUACCUGGAGACUCGCGGAGCGUCAUUGAGCCAGACCGCAGAGUUCCUGCCUUACUAUGCUUUGCCUUUUGUUCCAAACCCCACUGUCCAUCCCUCCUUCAAAAAUCUUUUCCAGGAUUCCUGGAUACCACAGUUGAAAGAUAAGCUGGAGCAGUUUCUGUCGGUGACACUGAAGUCAUCCAACACCCCACGGCUGCUGAAUUUAUAUAAGGAGGGAGGAAGGAGCACUAAAGGGGCCAUACAGCAGUUACAGCUCCAGCUGGUGGAAUCAGACAGACGCAUAAAUAGCUACGUACGGAAGUUCAACAAGAUGCAGGCCGACUACCACAACCUGAUUGGAAUCACGGCUGAGCUGGUCGACUCGUUGGAGGCCACUGUCAGCGGAAAAAUGAUCUCCCCUGAGUACCUGCAGAGUGUGUGUGUCCGCCUGUUCAGCAGCCAGAUGAGGCAGAGCGUGGUGCAGAGCACUGACUUCACCAGACCUGGCACUGGAUAUUACUCUAUGAGUCCCUAUGAUGACGGAUAUGCCUCCUCGUUGCUUCGAGCUUCCAUUGCACCGCAGAGACCCAAAGAGGUGCCAAUGCUGCCCUCACUGGACUAUGAAAAGUUAAAGAAAGACCUGGUUGAAGGCUCCGACAGACGCAGGGCGCUGCUGCUUCAGGCGCUGCGCUGGAGACUGACUCGCUCUCUGCCUGGUGAGCAAAGAGACACCAUGCUUCAGGCCUUCAUCAGCAACGAUCUGCUGGAGCGCUACAGCACAAAACAGAAAACUGUGCUUCAUUUAAUGAGCUCCAGGAACGAGAUUGUCCGCCAAUACAUGGCUCGUCUCAUCAAUGCAUUCGCUUCCCUUGCAGAGGGUCGGGUUUACCUCUCCCAAAUCCCCAUUCUGCUGAAACGUCUGACGGAGGCGCUGAGGAUGGAGGAAAAAGACUCCGUAACGAGAGAGAACGUGCUAGUGGCGCUGCAGAAGCUCAGCCUCAGGAGGAGCCAGCAGACGGCCAUGAUAGCAGACGAUCUGAUUGGCUGGCUGGUGGAUGAGCUGCAGGACUCUGACUGCCUGAGCGACUACACCCUGGAGUACUCUGCUGCUCUGCUCAUGAACCUGUGUCUGCGAACAAAAGGAAAAAGGAAGUGUGAGGAGAACGCCAAGCAUGUGCUCAAGGUUCUAACUGACCUCCUUGGACAUGAGAACCACGAGAUUCGACCAUAUGUGAAUGGAGCCCUGUACAGUAUCCUGUGUAUUCCCUCUGUGAGACAGGAAGCCAAAGAGAUGAGUGUGGAGGAGAUCCUCCGCUGCUACAGCAAAGAGGAGAACCCAGACCUCAACAGACAGAUUAAGUUCAUCCUUAAACAGCUAAACUCAGCUGAUGAUGAGGGGCCAGAAUCAGAUGAUGAAGAAGAAGACGACGACAAUGAUGAAGAUCUAAUGGAGACAGAACUUGAAAUAGAGGAAGUUCUCCAGCCACAGCCAAGGGAACUGUCUGGAGAGAGUCUGCUCACCACUGAGUACCUCGGAAUCAUGACCAACAUGGCGAAAGUGAAGAGGAAGUCGACCCCUGUGCUGCCAGCAAGUGGUGAUGAACCCCUGCAACGGCCAGUCACCCCUAGCUCUCAUCGUAACGUCAAUGCAAUCGAGGAAGGAAGUCUGCCUCCUUCUCGAUACAACUCCCGCCCCCCCACACGCUCGGGCAGUCGCCCCAGCACUGCUGACUCCCUGCGUCACAGUAUCGACUCGGAGUGCGGCCGGCUGUCCCAGGAGUCAGAGUUGGACGGGCCAUAUGAAGGGCAAGCCAGAAAAGUACAUUCCCAGGAGGAACACAAUGGACACUCUGCCAGUGGUGAGUAUGGCUCUGCAUAUUCAAGCCAGCCCAAAGUUCCCCGAACCUCUGAACCUCCAGCCCGACAGAACAGCAGCGCUCUGCGGGCUCGGGGCCCCGCUCUGGCCCCCCAGUUCUCCCACUCAGAGCCACAGCAGAGCAGCCGGCCCGGCUCCGUGAGCGCCACAGAAGGAGGGGGACAACAGAGUGGAAGCAGCCAGUCGAAGAGGAGGUGAAGAGGGAGCUGUCACCAUGGAGGAGCGUUAUCUGUCCGGGAACAUCAGGCUUCCUGUAACAUCAUCCCCUCAGGUUGUGAUCGAGGUCAGGGCAACAGAGAUGGUCCAGGAUCAGCAGCAGCAGGAGGAGGCGCUUGAACAAUGUGAAGGAUUGUGGCUCUCCAUUUUGUCUCCCCCUCCCCCCCUUUUGGCUUCAGCACAGACUUCUUCUGUAACAUAAUAUAAACAAUAACCACAAUCCCCAGCCGUCCAACCCUGUGCACCUUGCAGUCUUAGCUGGCACUGAUUCUCUCUACUCUCUCAUCAAGGUUAUAUUUGGCACACUUAAAUAUGUGAAACACAUCCAGGCAGGACAAAAUUCACGUUUAGAGGAAUGUGUGUAUUCUAAGGAGUAAGUAUAGCUCGGAGCUGAGGAGCUUAAAGAUUUAAAUAUUCGAUCAUAGCUGUGCUUGAGUCUGAAUACAAGCUGAAGUGUUCUUACUUAAGCAUAGUAUUGUUUUACCUGGUUUUCACUAUAUGUAAAUGAUGGAUUAGGGGUUAAGAAAAUAUAACAUGACUUGGCAUACAGAUAAAAUGUUUGCUAAACUCUUGAUUGUCAAAAAGGGAAAUGUGUUUAACAUGACGAAUGGCAAAUGACUUUUUAUGUCUUUGAAUCGAUUGUACAGAUAUAAGUUCUCAUCUUGAUUUCACUAUGUCCUGUAUAUAUUGAUUUUUUAAUGUGGUGGAAAAUAUCCGUCCACAUAAAUAAAUAAUCGUACUGGCUUUACUUCAAAUAUUUCUCGUAUCAGAGUAGCUGCUCUUGUCUAACUUAUGUUCCAGGAAAUGUUCAGCCUGACAAGUUGUCAGGCUAGUGCAUGUUUAAAAAUAUAUUUAGAAGUGCUUAUUGCAAUUAACAUACACUACCCUCUAUACACUAUCUGACCAAAAGACUUGAAUUGUGUCUUGAAUCCAGCAUUGUACAUUUGCACUGUGUUUUCCAGGCGUGGUAAUGUACAGUUUAUUUAUGUAAACCGCUACAUUGUUGAUAUAAUUCAUUUGGAAAGUAAGUACUUUUUAAGUGGUUUUAAAUAAAUGUUUGACCAUCUGUUUUGUCUUCGAAACCAA